CUCUUCCCCCCCCUGCCACCCCUCCCUCUCAUUUGCUCUGCUCGCUCGCUCGCCGCCCCCUCCUCUCCUCCGAUCGUCCCCCCACGUCCCGCGCCGGAGCUGGGGAGGGAGGGGGGAAAUUCAUCCCCGCGCCAGGCGGAUUCCGCACCGGAUCCCCGCGUCGGGCAGGCCGGCCUUCUGAUCCGGCAGGUUAACCAAGUACGGUGCAUUCUGAACGGUAGCCUGUAACUCUUAUUGGGUAAUUCUACCACAUUAUGGCCUCGGUUGGUGUGGUGCGUCCUUCCUCGCGCUUUCAGAAUGACACGAGUACUAGUGGUGAUGCCGACCGACUUCCGAACGAGAUGGGCAAUAUGAGCAUAAGGGAUGACAGGGACCCUGAGGAUAUAGUAGUCAACGGCAAUGGGACGGAACCAGGCCAUAUUAUAGUCACAAGCAUUGAGGGAAGAAAUGGGCAAGCAAAACAGACCAUUAGCUACAUGGCUGAGCGUGUGGUUGGUAAUGGGUCAUUUGGAACUGUUUUCCAGGCUAAGUGUCUUGAAACUGGCGAGACGGUGGCUAUAAAGAAGGUUCUUCAAGACAAGAGAUAUAAGAACCGUGAGCUGCAAACGAUGCGAGUUCUUGACCACCCAAAUGUUGUGGCUUUAAAGCAUUGUUUUUUCUCAAAGACUGAGAAAGAGGAGCUUUACCUCAACCUGGUGCUUGAGUAUGUGCCGGAGACUGCUCAUCGUGUCAUUAAGCAUUAUAACAAGAUGAACCAACGCAUGCCAUUGAUAUAUGCAAAACUGUACAUGUAUCAGAUAUGUAGAUCUUUGGCAUACAUUCACAACAGCAUUGGAGUAUGCCACAGAGACAUCAAGCCUCAAAAUCUUCUGGUGAAUCCACAUACGCACCAAUUGAAAUUAUGUGACUUCGGAAGUGCGAAAGUGUUGGUAAAAGGAGAACCAAAUAUUUCCUAUAUCUGUUCAAGGUACUAUAGAGCCCCAGAGCUCAUAUUUGGUGCUACUGAAUACACAACGGCAAUUGACGUUUGGUCUGCUGGCUGUGUUCUUGCUGAACUCCUUCUAGGACAGCCUAUAUUCCCUGGCGACAGUGGUGUUGAUCAGCUUGUUGAAAUCAUCAAGGUUUUAGGUACCCCUACAAGAGAAGAAAUUAAGUGCAUGAAUCCAAAUUAUACGGAGUUUAAAUUCCCACAAAUCAAAGCUCACCCAUGGCACAAGAUCUUCCAUAAAAGAAUGCCUGCUGAAGCAGUAGAUCUUGUCUCCAGACUCUUGCAAUAUUCACCAAGCCUGCGUUCAACUGCUUUGGAAGCAUUAAUUCAUCCAUUCUUCGAUGAACUCCGGGACCCAAACACCUGUUUGCCGAACGGCCGUUUUCUUCCUCCCCUCUUUAACUUUAAGCCCCAUGAGUUGAAGGGUGUGCCGAUGGACAUCCUGGUGAAGCUCAUCCCUGAACAUGCUCGGAAGAACUGUGCCUUUGUAGGAUGGUGAUCCGCCAGACGGCUGCUUGAAGUUUAGUUCAGAACAAAUCCAGUUGUCGUCUACUAGAAACCCCAGGAGUUUGAGAUUGUCUGCAGCCACACGGGAUAUAGGCGAUGACACAUGUGAUUAUUAUUCCUUUUCUCGUCCGAGACCUCGAUGCCAUGUAUUCUUUCCCCCUACUGCCGAUGUAACAAACCACCCAUGAUACUGUAAGUAGAUGAGAAGUGUUUCGACCGUUUUCCCCUGAGCUCAUGUGCUAUGCAAUGAAGGAUGCACCCUAUGUACCGCCAAUAUUUGGUCCAGUAUUUGUUCAUGGAUCGAGGCUAUAAUUCAUUUGUACUCAUCACAUUGUUCUGUCA